GGCUGCGGGACCUGGUUCUGGAGACCCGGUUUUGGCUCGAAUUGGUUCAGGUCUUUUGUGGCAUUUUCUUCCAAAAUGAUAGAGGACGAACUUGCACUAUUUGAUAAAAGCAUAAACGAAUUUUGGAAUAAAUUCAAAAGCACUGUCAGUGACACUUCCUGUGGGAUGGUGGGACUAAGAGAUACCUACAAAGACUCCAUCAAAGCAUGUGGAGAAAAGCUGUCUGUGAAAUUAAAGGAAGAAGAACGAAUGGUUGAGAUGUUUCUGGAAUAUCAAAAUCAGAUCUGUAGGCAGAAUAACCUCAUUCAAGAAAAAAAAGAUAACUUGUUAAGGUUGAUUGCUGAAAUAAAAGACAAAAAGCAGGAACUGGAAGUACUGACUGCAAAUAUUCAGGAUCUUAAGGAAGAAUAUGCUAAGAAGAAGGAAACUAUUUCUGCUGCUAGCAAAGCUAAUGAAGAGAGGUUGAAAAGACUACAGAAAUCUGCAGACUUAUAUAAAGAUCGACUUGGACUAGAAAUUCGAAAAAUUUAUGGUGAUAAAUUACAGUUUAUAUUCACUAAUAUUGACCCUAAGCAUCCUGAGAACCCAUUUAUGUUUUCCCUCCACCUAAAUGAAGCCAAGGAGUAUGAAGUGUCAGAUAGUGCUCCUCAUCUUGAGUGCCUGGCAGAAUUUCAAGAGAAUGUAAGGAAGACCAACAAUUUCUCGGCUUUUCUUGCCAAUGUUCGGAAAGCUUUUACUGCUAUGGUUUAUAAUUAAUGUAUGAAUAGUAUAUAAAAAUUGUUCAUUUUUCUUCCCUAUUGUGUAU